AUGGUCGCAAUUUUAGUCCUGAGGGUUAACGGUGAUUUCACGCUUAGGUUGUCCACUUCGUUUCACUUCACAGAGUUAAAGAUGUAUACUGCCCUGCAAAAGAUCCACAAGGACAAGGAUGCUGAGCCCUCCGAGUUUGAGGAGAAUGUUGCUCAGGCAUUGUUUGAUCUGGAAAACACCAACCAGGAGAUCAAGAGUGAUUUGAAGGACCUAUACAUCAACUCUGCCUCGCAAAUUGAUGUUUCUGGAGGCAAGAAAGCUGUUGUGAUUCAUGUGCCUUACCGUCUGAGGAAAUCUUUCCGCAAGAUUCAGCCCAGGCUCGUGAGAGAGCUCGAGAAGAAGUUCAGUGGGAAGGAAGUGGUACUUAUUGCUACCAGAAGGAUAGUUCGCCCGCCCAAGAAGGGGUCAGCCGUUCAAAGGCCAAGAACCCGCACACUCACUGCUGUGCAUGAUGCUAUGCUCGAAGAUAUUGUUUAUCCGGCUGAGAUUGUUGGGAAACGUGUCAGAUACAGACUUGAUGGUUCAAAGAUCAUGAAGGUCUUCUUGGAUCCCAAGGCAAGAAAUGACACCGAGAACAAGCUGGAGACAUUUGCUGGGGUAUACAGGAAGCUCUCGGGGAAAGAUGUCGUGUUUGAAUAUCCAGUAAAUGAUGCAUGA